AAUGAGGGUAAUUUAUGGUAUAAAUAGACACCUCGCAGACAUAGUCUUCAGUAGCUUCUUCGCUUUCCUACAAGCAGGUCCUCAACAAGUCCCAACCAUGUCUAGAUUUUUUGUUGUUUUCGCCAUCAUCUUGGUGUCUGCUUGCGCCAAGCAACAAAAAUUGAGCGUGGCCAAGGACGACCUCGAGGCACAAUCAACUGGUCACAUUGCUGUCGGUUUAGGCGGUUUUGGAGGCCACGGAAGCAAGAAGUACUCCUCUAGUGCCCAACUCACCAGCUUGGCCCAUACUUCAGCGCUCCAAGCCAGAACAGCCGUUCAGAGCCAACAAAGUGCCGGUAUUCAGGCCGCUGUAGGAGCCCAAAGUGGAUAUGCUCGUGCUGCACAAGAAGCUGCUUCUGCCGCCCAAGUAGCCCUUGUAGCUAAACAAGUCAUUGUCCAGGAUUUAGAAAGGCACGUCGAGGACGCCGAGCAUCAGCUUGCUGCUGAACAAUCGCAGUACCAACAAGCUCUCGAAGCCGCCAAUGCUGCCCAGAACGUCGUCCAGCAAAGCCAAGGACAAGUGGCUGCCGCUACCGCUGCUCUGGCUGCUAUUCAGCAAUCUGUUUCUCAGUCAGAACGUGCUGCUGCCGCUGCUACCCAGGCUGCUGCUGCUCAACACCAAAUGAUCGAAGACGCCAGGCAGAGACUCGCCGGACUUCAAGAAAGGUUGCAUGAGGCUUUGGCAGGAUUGCAGGAUACCCAGCUUUCUGCCCAGAGAGCUGCUUCUGCCGCCCAGUUGGCUCAAACUAACGCUGCUGCUUCCGCACAACUGGCUGUCGCGAAUAGCGCUAACAACCAGAUUGAUGAACAUGAUUCCGAAUUCUAUCAUCAUUAACAACUCUUACAGCAGAGGCUGCAAGUUUCGUGUUCGUUCAUUCUGUAUAUAACCAUUGUCAUCGUUGACGUUUAAAUAUAAGUUACAGUCGAAAA